CACUCCUAGCCAUCUGGUAGGUUAGUUACUGCAAUCGGACCUCCAGGUUAGUGCAAACUGCAAAGUUCCGCAUGUGUGCAUAUGUUACACUAAAACAGAAGUUUGAUGUGUAACUUACAUGGGAAUGCUAAGUACUGGCACGUUGUAAGAGCAUUAUAGGAUAUAUUGUCUCGCUGACUUGUUAACUCGUGGCUAUUGCAGAGUGUGACUAAAUAAAAUGGGUAAAUUACGUAGAAGACACAACUGGAAAGGACGGCUGCAAGUCAAGACUGUGGAGGAAAAGAGUCAAGAGUCUGAGAAAAAUGUUGAGAUUGAACUUGAUGAAGGGAAGACUUUAAAAGGUGUUGAUGACAGUAAUGCACUUGUUCUACCAGCAAAAAAGGAAAAAAGAAGGAAAAUCAAUGAACCUUUAGGCCCAGGAAAAAAACCUUUGACUAAAAAACAGAGGAAGCAUCUGCAGAAAGUUUUACAGCUUAAGGAGAAGAAAGUUAAGAGAGCAGAAAUUCUGACAAAGCUGAGUGAGGUCCAAGCUUCUGAGGCCGAGGUGAAGCUUUUGUUUACUUCUUCUAAAUUAGGUGUUGGAUCACGCCAAUUUCAGAAUAAACGAUGUUUGGAUGAUGGAGAAAUGAUAACUUCAGAAAAAAUCAGCAGCAUCAGUGGUGCACACAGAAAGAAACUAAAAUCCAGUGAUGAAGAAACUGACAAAGAAGAGGAGAAAAAAGAUUCUAACUCAGAAAUGAGCUUUACAGACUCUGAUGAAGACAGUUGUGAGGAUAAAGCAGGAAAUGAACAAAAAUCAGAUGCUCUUGCUUCAGAGGACAAUGAGAAACCAAAUGAACAUGCCCAGAUUUGUGGUGCUGAAUUUUCGGAAAAUACAGAGCAUAUAGGGGUAGCAGCAGCAGCCUCAGUUGUGCCCCUGAAACCUUCCUGUGAACCUGCAAUUUUCAUCCCAGUGCACAGGAGUCCUGAAGUUCAGGAAGACCGAUUGAAGCUCCCAAUUUUGGCAGAGGAGCAGGUUGUUAUGGAAGCUAUUAAGGAGAACCCUGUUGUUAUUAUUUGUGGAGAAACAGGUAGUGGGAAAACCACACAAGUCCCACAGUUUCUUUAUGAGGCUGGAUACGCCAGUACAGAGAAUGGAAUCCUGGGUAUCACAGAGCCUAGACGUGUAGCUGCAGUGAGCAUGUCUCACAGAGUUGCUAAGGAAAUGAACCUUUCUGAGAGGGUCAUUUCCUAUCAAAUCCGAUAUGAAGGCAAUAUAACAAAUGAAACAAAAAUUAAGUUCAUGACAGAUGGUGUACUACUAAAAGAAAUUCAGACGAAUUUCUUGCUCACACGCUAUAACGUUAUCAUUAUUGAUGAGGCCCACGAACGGAGUGUGUACACUGACAUAUUGAUAGGUCUGUUAUCACGGAUUGUGCCUCUUCGCCAGAAGAAAGGACGACCAUUGAAGCUGAUUAUCAUGUCUGCUACGUUGCGGGUGGAGGACUUCACACAGAGCAAGAAGCUGUUUCCCAUUACUCCUCCAGUUAUAAAAAUAGAUUCAAGGCAAUUUCCUGUCACAGUGCACUUUAACAAGAGGACACCCCUUGAUGACUAUUUAGGAGAGGCUUAUAAGAAGGUCUGUAAAAUACAUCGUCUGCUACCUCCAGGAGGUAUCCUGGUGUUUGUAACUGGCCAGGCUGAAGUAUACUCACUCAUUAGGCGACUUAGAAGAGCUUUUCCCCUCAGGGCUAAAAGUAAAACUGCAGAAGAUGAUGAUACUGCCGAAGAUAUGAGAAAAUUUAAGAAAACAAAGCAGAAGAAAACAGUGGCACUUCCUAAAAUUGAUUUGGAUAAUUAUUCUGCUCUCCCAGUGGAUGAAGGUGAUGAAGACAGGGCAGCAGGAAUUGGUGAUGAAGACGAAGAGCUGGGAUCUGAUCUUGAUCUUGAACUGGGAGAAGAGGAAGAUGAAGAGGGUGAGAAGGCAGAUCCGUCUAUUCCAUUGUAUGUCCUCCCAUUGUAUUCUUUGCUGCCAUCACAAAAACAAGCCAAGGUAUUCCAGCCUGCUCCUGAUGGCACAAGGCUCUGUGUGGUAGCGACCAAUGUGGCUGAAACAUCGCUUACUAUUCCAAAUAUUAAAUAUGUAGUAGACUGUGGUAAGGUGAAGAAAAGAUUCUAUGAUAAAGUCACUGGAGUCUCCUCUUUUAAAAUCUGCUGGAUUUCCCAGGCUUCAGCAAACCAGAGAGCAGGCCGUGCUGGCCGUACAGAGCCAGGUCAUUGUUAUAGGUUGUAUUCUUCUGCUGUUUAUGGCGACUUUGAGAAGUACUCUCCAGCUGAAAUUUCAAGGCGACCUGUAGAUGAUUUGGUUCUGCAAAUGAAAAGUUUAAAUAUUGAGAAGGUUGUUAAUUUUCCUUUCCCCACACCACCACCUACAGAGGCACUCAUAGCUGCUGAAGAAUUGCUCAUAUCACUCGGGGCUCUAGAGAAGCCCCCAAAACAGGGAAGGUUAAAAGAAUUAAAGAGAGCACAAUUGAGCAGUCCUGUUACUCCUCUGGGCAGAGUCAUGGCUGCUUUCCCUGUGGCCCCUCGCUAUGCAAAAAUGUUGGCAUUAGGGAAACAGCAUGAUUGCUUGCCGUACAUUAUUACUAUAGUAUCAGCAAUGACAGUACGUGAGAUCUUCCAGGAGUUUGACAGGCCCAUCACCAGUGAAGAAGAGAAAGAGAAACUGAAGGGAAAGAAGAUGAGAGUUGCGCACAUGCAGAGGAUCUGGGCUGGGCAAGACCCCUCUCUCAAACUUGGGGAUCUCAUGGUAAUGUUAGGUGCUGUGGGUGCAUGUGAGUAUGCUGGAUGUACUCCUAAGUUCUGUGAAAGUAAUGGACUAAGAUACAAAGCCAUGGUGGAGAUAAGACGUCUGCGAGGACAGCUGACCAAUGCUGUUAAUGCUGUGUGCAGUGAUGACAACAUCUUUGUUGAUCCAAAAAUGAAGCCCCCAACAGAUGCUCAAGUAACAUUUCUCAGACAGAUAGUCAUGGCUGGAUUAGGAGACCAUAUCGGUAGGAGAAUCCAGUCGGAAGAAAUAUUGAAUGAGAAGUGGAAAAAUGCCUACAAGACACCAUUGCUGGAAGAUCCAGUUUUCAUUCACCCUAACUCUGUCCUUUUCAAAAAGCUUCCCGAUUUUGUUGUUUAUCAGGAGAUAGUUGAAACCUCAAAAAUGUAUAUGAAAGGUGUUUCGGCUGUGGAACCAGAAUGGAUUCCUGUCUUGCUGCCUCAGUACUGCCAUUUUGGUAAUCCUCUAGAAACUCCUCCUCCUCGUUACUGUCCUGAGAGUGGCAAGGUUAAAUGUCACAGAGAGAGCACAUUCUAUCGUGUGGGCUGGCAACUGCCUGCUGUGGAGAUGGACUAUCCUGAAGGCCUUGAACGCUAUAAAUACUUUGCCAGAUUUUUAUUAGAAGGAAAGGUUAUUAAGAAACUGAAGUCUUACUGUAGUUGUCUACUAUCUAAUCCUUCAACUAUGCUGAAGGCAUGGGCUAAGCUGCAGCCGAGGACAGAAGCACUGCUGGGAGCUCUCGUUUCUGAAAAGGUUGACAAUAAAGAUGCACUUCUGGCUGCUUGGAGGAAAAAUGACAAAUAUCUUUUGUCCAUAUAUUGCCAGUGGCUUCCUGAAGCAAUGCACAGUGAUGUACACAAGCAUUGGCCGCCUGUACAAGUUUAACAUCAGAAGAUUACUGAUGUAGGAUAACAUGUAAUUGCUUCACCUGGAAAGGCUUUUCUAUGCAUUUUCAUGCAUGGUGGUGUCCCAGUGUAGAAGGCACGCAGUCAUCAGAAUUCAGCAAGACUUAACAGAUAUGACGAUGGAAAAGUACACUUCUGUCUGUUGGAGAAGUCUUGACUUGCUCUGGGACCUAUCUGAACUGUUCUAAAGAUAAGAUUGUACUCAAGAAACUUGCAUUAAGCUGUGUGUCUUCCCUUUAAACUGUAUUGAGUAAUUUUUAUAUAUUCUGGUUUAGUUUGCAAACUGUUUCAGGUUGCCAAGGUCACCAUGAGCAGUAUACAUUGCAUUCUGCUGAGUCAUAGCCUUAACUCUUUCCUUGAUGAGAAUUUCUUGGGACUUUGUUUUACUGUUACAACAGUUUAACGUACUUCUCAACCUCUUAGAGCAAGAAAUCUGGACAAAGCCAUAAAUAAAAGUGGGACAAAGGCCCAAAAAUAGGGACAUUUUUUAAAUAUUGCUUUU